AAGAUAGAAUAAUCAGGAAUCCCCAACCAAUCUCACUUACCCAAAUUUGCCGGCUAUGCAUAGCUCCGCCGCCGGCGUAUGCCACGUGGUGGCGAUGCCAUUUCCGGGAAGAGGGCACAUCAACCCCAUGAUGAGCCUGUGCAAGGUUCUGGCAUCGAAAAGACCCAACCAGAUUCUUAUAACCUUUGUCGUCACUGAGGAGUGGCUCGGCUUUAUCGGCGCCGAUCCCAAGCCGGACGCCAUCCGCUUCGCUGCCAUCCCCAACGUGAUCCAUGAGCGAGAGAAAGCUGCUAACUUUCCCGCCUUCUACGAAGCCGUAAUGACGAAGAUGGAAGCGCCGUUCGAGCGGCUUCUCGAUCGGCUCGAGCCGCCGCCAACUGCGAUUCUCGGCUGCGUUGAGCUUCGGUGGCCCAUCGCCGUCGCCAAUCGAAGAAAUAUUCCCGUGGCAGCGUUUUGGACUAUGUCGGCGUCGUUUUACUUCAUGCUACAUCACCUAGAUGUCUUUGCACGACACCGGCAUUUGACUGUUGAUAAAGAUACGCUGGAUGGACCAGCAGAGAACAUCCCAGGAAUUUCCUCAGCUGAUUUGGCAGACCUUCAAACCGUGCUUCAUGAAAAUGAUCAACGAGUCUUGCAGCUUGCAUUGGAAUGUAUUUCGAAAGUUCCCAAAGCAAACUAUCUAUUACUCACCACAGUCCAAGAGAUAGAAGCUGAAACAAUUGAUUCCUUAAAAGCUAUAUUCCCCUUUCCGGUUUAUGCUACUGGCCCUGCUAUACCUUACUUAGAGCUAGCAGAAAACCCUUCAGUGAACAAUGAUCAUAGCCAUGAUUAUAUAAAGUGGCUGGAUUCUCAGCCAGCUGAAUCAGUAUUGUACAUUUCUUUGGGUAGUUUCCUUUCAGUGUCCAGUGCCCUAAUGAAUGUAAUUAUUGAAGCACUAAACAAUUGCAACAUUGUUUACUUUUGGGUGGCUCGUGGGGAAACUUCAAGGUUGAAAGACAAGUGUGGAGAUAAGGGUAUGGUGGUGCCAUGGUGUGACCAAUUGAAGGUUUUGUCACAUUCUUCCAUAGGUGGGUUUUGGAGCCAUUGUGGAUGGAAUUCCACUCUUGAAGCUCUCUUUGCUGGUGUACCAAUGCUGACAUUCCCUCUUUUCUUGGAUCAAGUUCCAAAUAGCAGCCUAAUUGCAGAUGAGUGGAAGAAUGGGUGUAAGGUAGGGAAAUCAAAGUUGGAGAGUGAAGAUACUGUGGCAAAAGAAAAUAUAGAAGAGGUAGUUAAGAGGUUUAUGGAUAUUGAAAGUCAAGAGGGUAAGAAAAUUAGAGACAGGGCAAGAGGACUCAAGGUUAUCUGUCACAGAGCGAUUGUUAAAGGUGGAUCCUCAGAUGGGAACCUGGAUGCAUUUAUUAGAGACAUUUCAAAACCACUGAUGCGUUGAGAAGAUUGUGUUCAGUAACUUAAUCAAGCAAUGUUUUAAAGUAGAACUGAAGAAAUUGUAAUAGCAUACAAGCAUGUAGAUGAUAACAUUGUAAAAUCAGGUAGAACUGAAACUGAAAAGCUCUCUAAUAGUUUAAUUUGUGCUUCAACAUUCAGCAAUUUAAGAUCUACAAAUUGCUACUUGAAGCAUUAUGCUUAAUUACUUUUCAUUGUCAUAUGCUUCUACAUCUCUUAUUUACUUUUCCAGCGUUGUUUAU